AUGCCGCGGAGCCCAUCGCCGCGUCGAGAUCGAGAUGAGAGGAGACGAAGCCGGUCACCUUUGAGGCGCCACGACGACAGAGACAGUGACAGAGACUCUGGGAGGAGAAAACAACCGUCUGGUUUUCGAUGGAAGGAAAAAAGACGUGAUGACGAUAGGGAUACAACCCGGUCGAGAGGCUUAGAGCGUGGAUAUCGUGACAGUGAUAGACGAAGGUCACCGUUCAGAGACCGGGAACGGGAUAGGGAUAGAGAACAUGAACGCGAACGAAGGCCAGGCCACAAGGACGAUGUAGGCAGCGAGAAGACGACCGAGAAGAAGAAGGAGAAGAAGAAAGACGACGAGAAGAAGGAGAAGAAGAAGAAGCCCACCGCUGCUCCGUCCAACGAGCCCAUGAUUAUCGUCAACGUUAACGAUCGACUGGGCACCAAAGCUGCUAUCCCAUGUCUUGCUUCAGACCCUAUCCGCCUCUUCAAAGCCCAAGUCGCCGCCCGAAUCGGUCGAGAACCCCAUGAGAUACUCCUCAAACGACAGGGAGAGCGGCCGUUCAAGGACCAGCUUACCCUGGAGGACUAUGGUGUCAGCAACGGCGUACAACUUGACUUGGAAGUGGACACGGGCGAUUGA